AUGCUUCGUUAUCUUAUUGCUGUCGCCAUCUUUGCUCUCGGCGGUGAGGAAAUUUGAAUUUUUUUUUUUUUCAUUAAACCUUUUAUUAGGAGUUCUUUAUUAGGAUUUAUUAAGAGGAUCUAGAAAAAGAAAAAGGGAAACCUGCUAUCUUCGUUGAAAUCCAAUCAAUUUUUCGAACGGAAAAAAAUUCAGGAAGUAGCCAAAAAAAGUCAGCAAAUACUUUACGAAGGAAAAAUUAAGGUCUUUUUACAAUUAUAGUUCAUUUGAGUGCUGAAAAGGUUCAUAGCAAUCUGUAAAACGAGCUUUCCAAGACAUAGACUCGACUAGGACUUUACAACUUACAAGAAUUUUCCUAAAAAUAUUUCCAGUUUCCGCCCAGCAGACCCGCCCGCCGCCCCACAACUGCACUGCUGCGGAAAGCGCUGUAAUUCAAUUUUUGAAGAUUUUAUAAAAAAUUCUGAAUUAAGCAAGAGAAACAAUGCUUCCAACAGUACUACAACAACUUCGGACCCCCGAACCCGUUCACUUUCAUGAACUGGGCUUUGGCCUACCAGGGAAGAAUCAACGCCACCGGACGAGUCGCUUUUGAUCAGAACUGCCUGUUAGUUUUUUUUAUAUUGAGAAGCCUCUUUCAACUUCAUUGUUUCAAAUCCUCAGUGAUUGUUCUUAAGAAACCUUCUCGGUUAUUUUCUGUUUGUGGCAAUUUUUUUUGGUCUUCCUCGGUUAUUAACAAAGUUCUUUCCAACUAAACGGCUUCAAAAAGCGAGAGGAAGGUCUAUUAUAAGCCUACCUGAUAUUAUCAAUUAAUUUCAUUCUUGUUGACUUCUCUCCGGUUGAAAAUCAUUUCAAGCUAUUUCAAAAUCUUGCAAUUAAAUUUUCCUCCUGGAUUAACUGUGUUUUUCACUCACUAACUUUCAAAAGACCACUUUUUUUUCUUCUAAUUUCCCUCUUUUAUCAGGUGGCAACAAACCUUGGACCAGUGCUCCCGUGGCGGAAACACCAGGAGAUGUCUGACCAACGACAACUUCGCUCAGUGGUUCGGAGUCAGUGGAAACGACUCGAUCAGCUUCCGCACCGAGUUCUACAUCUCCCAGUACGAGUGUGGACCUGGAAAGAGAGGUCAGUUAAUAGUAAAAAAAAACUAGAAAGUAGGUAAUUUUGCUGAGGGUUUUCUGUAAAAUGGAGCACAUAGACCUGGUCCCUCUCCAUCUCAAAACAACUAAAGGAAUAGAGAGUCCCUUUUUCAAAGCUUUUUUUUCGACUAAUGACCCCACCAAGAGAAAAAAGUUCCUUGAAAAUUUCAAAAAUUGGGAGUGAGUCUUAAUAAAAAAUCUCAAUAAGACUCUAAAAUGUUCUUUUAGAAUACUUUUCCAGAAGUCUUUUUUAUAGGUUUCCUCGUUUUUUUGAUCAUUUAUAUCAUAUUCUCUACUUUCCAGUCAUGGAUCAGAACUUUGACUGCAUCAACAAGGUCUGGAUUUACGAGAACAACGACAUCAACUCCUGCAUCAACACCUUCAAUGCCAACAUUGCCAAGGGUCAAGACCCCUGCAAGUAAAUUAUCGAUUGAUUUUCGAAAUAAUCAAUGAUUAUUAUCAUUAGAGCGUACAAUCAGUACAUCACUUGCAUUGACAACAUCUACAACAUUAUCUGUGGUCCGGCCGUUCGGGGACUCGUCUGCCAGAUCGAGGAAAUCACUCUGGAGGUUUAUUUAAAAUAUUAUUUGAAUGUUAGAAGAAAAAAAGUUCUAGUAUUUAUCCUGAGCAAGCUCAAAUCAAAAAAAUUUUUGAAGAAAUUUAAAAAAAAAUUUUUCAGGUCAACACGCACCAAUGUGACAGGGUUCUACAGCACUGCAACAACAGAAAUUGA